AUGGCGGGCAUGUCGGGAGUGAGGCUCCGUGGGCUGCAGGCCGCGGCCCAUCUGAAUGGGCAUCUUGCGGUCUGCAAAGGCUUUGACGAAGAGAAGGGCCGAUGGCUCGUGCAGCUCGAGAACGGAGAGGAGAAGGCCAUCAAAAACGACAACAUCCUCCAGGUGCUCGAGCCAGGUACAUGCAUUUCGCUGAAGAACGGUGAGGUGCUGCACAUCACGAUUGGCCGGGUGAGCGUCUUGAAUCAGAUGGAAGACGAAGUUCGCGAGGCGCUUCUCAGCGACAUGGACCAGUUUUCAAUGACGCAUGAGCUGCGGGCGGAGCUCAACUGCCCAGAUGGCUGGCCCCAGUUCAGCGUCGUGCUGACGGGGGGCGCGAAAGAGGUCGCCGCAGCGCACAAGGCGCUGCCGGCUGUGCUGAAGGAGUACGGUCUGGAGAUUCCAGGCCCCAGUGCUGCGGCAGCCGCAGCGCCAGCGGAGGCCGAGGAAGGGAAGGACGAGAAGGAAGAGAAGGCGGAAGAGACCGUGGAAGUGGAAGGCUUGGUCAUGAAGUCCAUGGAAAGGCGUGAGCGCCCCAGUCGAAAGAGGUGA